UUGGGUUGGCAAAUUAAUUCGGGUGAUACACAUAUUAAAGUGUUUUUCGGUUUAACGUUUUAAAUUUUAACGUAAUAGUUUAGGUUCGACGUUAUAAAUUAUUCUCCUUUUUGUUCCUGGUAAUAAAAUAUAAUUUAUUAAAACUAGUUACAUAGAAUCAAAAUGUCUCGACGGGUGUGGUUACUGGUUGAGUGGUUGGACGAUAAAAAUGUGAACGUGUUGCCUAGCUAUGGUAUAGCAGACACUGUGAUCAACAGGGAAAGUGAUGCUAGACCUGGUCAAAUAAUACACAUACAACCAAAUAAGAAUGGAAGCAUACCGCGUAAAGCUCAAAUUCUUAAAAUUUCAGAUGAUAAACGACAAAUCAAGGAACACAAAAUGUUUCUGCAGCGGCAGGAUAAUCAGGUGCAAAACGUUCUCAGCUUGUGCAUGAGAACUAUAAAGGAAAUGAAACAAGACCCUUUAAUCAUGUCACCUUUCAAUCAUAGCUCUCAAGCUUUCUUUGGUGCAGGACCCAGUAGCACACCACAGAUAACAGCCAAUGUGGAAUCCAAUACAAGUACUAGUGACGAUGAGUCCAGCGAAAAUGAAAGACUAGACACGAUUGAUCAAAGCACCCAAACUGAUUUACCUUAUGAACCACCCCCAUUGGAUCCUGUUCGGCGAUUACAAUUAAUCACGGAAAUGGAAAAUGAAUUGAAAGAAUUGUACAAAAAGUUUAAGAAAUCCACUCGAGCACAAACGAAUGAUUCAUCUGCCGAGAUAUCAGAAAAUGAAAUUGAACAAAAUCAUAGCGAAGAAAUGGGUACAAUCGACGAGGCUAGAGGUGGGCAGAACACUGAGAACUCUGCUCUAGUAACUGGAGUUGAUGAAAUGAGCAGUACAUCUAAAACCUUACAAGUUAGGAGAGUUUCAGCGCACACUACUAAUAAUAUUGAAUCGCAGUCUUUUUUAGCAAACAAUGACAUGGUGUCUAUUGGGAAGGGAAAUGUUACUAUACCACAGCGCCUAAUGAAUGAAAUCAAUUGGGAUUCAUACACAACGGCAACUAGGCAAUUGCUACAGGCUGUAUUUCCGCGCAGAGUUUUAGCAACGCAUUCUCUCACCGGAAAACAAUCACCUGCUUUUUCCAACAAGCCACCUAAGAAAUGCUUGGAUCCAAAAAUGGUAGAAGAUAUUAUAAACACGGUUGCAGAUCGAUGCGGUGUACCAAAAAAUUUAGUUAGGAGUGCAAUAACUGUCAAAUGUACUGACGAAGCUAAGUUGUACCGUAAUCGUCAGCAAAAUAGAUCCCAAGUUCUUCAAUCUCGCCACGGAAAUCUAGACAACCUUUCGCCAUCACCGCCAUCAUCUGUUGAGUCUCGGCAUAUAGCAGACUAGAGAUGUUUGUAUAAAGUUAUACAGUAGUAAAAAAGUACAUGGCAGCUAUCAGCGAAGUUUUAAAUUUAGGACACUGCUUUGACUUAAUGAGUUUAUUUUGUAAGCACAUGUACUUUUUAUUAAUAUAAUACUUCAAAAAUUUUUCAAACAAUAAAUAAUUCGUGUUUACAGUAAAUUAAUUUUGUUAGGAUUUUGAACGUAAGUAAUGUUUAAUUUGAUAAUUUUUUAAUUGUGUGUGACUUGAAUGUAUUAAAUAUAUAAUACCCA